GCGAAUUCAUUCGAAGCAACACCUUUGCACAUCGCAACCGAAGAAGAGUUUUUCUGUUCAAUAUCAUUUACACAUCUGAAAGAUGCGGAGGUUGUCUGUUUCUACCUUGCUGGGAUGGUUUCUGCCGAGUCCAAUAACUGUUCUGGGAGCUUCUGCGGAAUCUGCUGUGCUGCUGGCACCAAAUCUUCCCAUGGGAGAUAUCAAUGUGGUAGUGCUGACUGAUGUACAUUCUUGGGUCGGAGGUCACGACGCCAAAGAACCUAAUCUAGAUGCAGACUAUGGCGAUGUCCUAUCCUUCUACGAACGACUAAAAGCCUACUGUGAUCUUAUCAAGAAAGAUUUGUUCUUUGUCGUAAAUGGCGACUGGAUCGACGGAACCGGAAUUGCGACAAACGGUGAUCCGUCGUUUCUGAUUCCGCUUUUGGAAAAAAUGCCAUGGGAUGCUGUCAAUAUUGGUAACCACGAAUUGUACAAACGGGAAGUUAUUGAGUACAUGACCCAGCCUGGAGGCUUUGUGGAAUGGUGGGGCGACCGCUACUUAAGCAGCAACAUUGACUUGACGUCAAGUAUGAGGCCUAUUGGCAGCCAGUACCAUAUUUUGCAAGGUCACAACUCUUCAGUGCUAACUUUUGGUUUUCUGUUCAACAUGAAAGACAACGAUGCGAUGGUGACGGUGCACGAAGUCGCGACUGUCGUACAGCAAGAUUGGUUUAGGAACACAUUAUUGGAAGAAGUCUAUGACGCCAUUCUGGUGCUUGCGCAUAUGGAUGUCAAGGACGACCUUGUACAGGUCAUUAAAGAUGCCAUUCGACUUCAGGUCGGGGCCAAUGUACCUAUACAGUUCGUGACAGGUCAUACACAUCAUCGGAGUAACUAUCGUCCAGACAGUUCCAGUCAUUCCGUCGAAGCCGGAAGGUAUUUAGAUACAGUGGGGUUUGUUUCCUUUCCCAAGGCGUCGACGCUUUUGUCGGAGCUAGCCAACGGGAACGGGAAUGCAUCGGAUUUGUUCCAACAUGUAUUUCUAGACGCCAAUGUAGAAACGCUGAUGAAAACACUGGCAGUGACGCUUCUGCAAACGGCCAAUGGGCACGCCUUGUCCAAAUUUAUCGCUCGUACCCGAAGCGAACUUGGUUUGAAUAAUGUCAUUGGAUGCGCGGCCCAAAGCUACUUCAUAGAUCGAUCAUUGGACGACGAGAACUCCCUUUGGAGGCUUUUUCGCGACAAGUUAGUGCCAAAGGGGUACAGUGGUGACGAAGUUUUCCUUUUGGGAAAAGGUGGCUGGCGAUACGAUGUGUUGCAGGGAAAUGUUACAGUUGAUAAUGUGCUGGCUAUUUCUCCUUUCAAUGAAUCUCUUCUGGUUUGGAAAGGGGUGCCAUCUGCGACCAUUGCGAAACUGGUAGACACGCUCAACGCCUUUCCUGACCAAGCCUUUUUGCAUGAUCUACCUAAUUAUAUCCUUGCCCCAGCUCGAAAUUUUUCAGCCGUCAAUGAAACCUACGAUUUGAUUACGGACCAGUUUGAAGUAUCGUUGAUGCAACAGCAGAUGGGUAUCAUUGACCAAAGUACAGCAGAUAUCACGCCGGUUCCCAUGCAACCAGCCACUACUACGACUUCGGUCUGGAUUAAGUUUUUUCAAUCUGAGAAUGAGUGUCAUAGUAACUCCCAUGGAGCUGGGAAUGAGAGACCUAUGGAAAUGCCCCCGAGUACGGGUGCUGAUGCAAAAUCAAAACAGAAUGAUGAUGAAACCGAUCAUCAAUUCGACAACGUCCGGCUUGUAUUCGUAAGCGUUGCCGUUGCAGCAGUUUUUCUUUUCAGCAUAAUCAACGUUCGUCAGCGGGAUCGAAGAUGGCGUAUGGUGACCGAAGCUAAACGCCAAUUAACUCUUCAAGCUCUCCGAGAUUACGAAGAUGAGGAAGGACAGUUCGUGUAG